GGCGGGGGGCUCGCGGGGGCGGGGGCGGCACGCGCUCCCCGGCCCCUCGGACCCCGUGCAAGUACAACUCGGAGAGCAAGCUUCUACCCAUUGUUCUGAGGUCUGCUUUCUGGGGCCAGUCCUUCCUCCAUGGUAGCCAUUCAGAUAGGUGAAGACAGCUGUUAUAUCCUUCCAGCACUUCUCCAAGCUAAACAUCCUCAAGAUCCUUCACCCUCCUGGUGUGCCUCCUCUGAAUACUUGCCAGUUCAUCAAUUCUCUUCUUAAAAUAGGGUACUUCAAAAUUGAACACAGUACCCAGGCAUGGUCUGACUAGGACUAGGUCCUCAGGAUGCCUGGCCUUGCUGCCAGAAACCUCUCUUUGGAGGGAAGGCGGCAGCUAGCUGUGGACCUGACCCGUGUUCUUCCCCUCUAUGGAUUCAUCCUGGAUGCCUACAUCAUUGAGUUUUUUACAGACUCCUUGUGGGAGAAGCUCCCCAGCUCAUGGCAAGAAGUCCUAGAUGGGCUGACCCCACCCCAAAUUGCUACCAUGCUACUUGAGAUGCCUAGUGCUGGAGAAGAGAUCAGGUACAGAUCAGUGUGGCCACUGACCCUUCUGGCCCUGAAGACUACUGCCCGUGCCUUGGCCUUUACUCGGACACCUGAGUCCCUGGGCCCAUCUGAGUUCCAGGAGAACCCCAGCCAGAGCUCCCGGCUGGCAGCCCAAUUUCGGAAACAUGUCAAGCCCAAGAAACAGCAUGAGAUAAGGCGACUAGGAGAGCUGGUGAAGAAACUGAGUGAUCUUACAGGCUGCAACCAGGUGGUUGAUGUGGGCUCUGGCCAGGGUCAUCUCACCCGAUUCCUGGCCUUGGGGCUGGGGCUCUCUGUGACUGGCAUUGAAAAGGAUAGGAGACUGGUGGAAAGAGCCCGGCAUCUGGACCAGGAACUCCUUAGUAUCCUGAAGAAGGAGGAACGGAGGAAACCACAGAUCAUCUCAGCUGUCCCUCACCAGCCCCCAAAUCAUGUCGUUAGCUGGGUAGACCCAACUGCCUUGGCUCAGGAGCUUCUGUCUCCCCUGAAGUCAGAGGCAGCUCAGACCCCUGCUCGACGCCUGCUCCUGACUGGCCUCCAUGCCUGUGGGGACCUAAGUGUGACUCUAUUGCAGCACUUUGCCUGCUGCCCCGAGGCAGUGGCCUUGGCAUCUGUGGGCUGCUGCUACAUGAAGCUGACCACCCCUGGGGGCUACCCCCUAAGCCACUGGGUUAGUGGGCUCCAGGACCACAGGCUGCCCUACAAGUUCCGAGAGGGUGCCUGCCACGCUCUGGAAGAGUACGCAGAACGGCUUCGGGGAGCAGGCCCCGGCCUCCGCACCCACUGCUACCGAGCAGCCCUAGAGACAGUGAUCCGGGCUGCCCAGCCAGGGCUCUGCAGACCUGGGGUGCAAAGCAUCCCAAGGGCCCAUGAGCUGCCCUUGGAAGAGUACAUACAGCUAGGGCUACAGCGGGUGGGACUGGACCCUGGGCUGCCCCUGGACCUGGCCUCCCUGCAUGCCUGCAUGACACAGGAACAUCGGGUGGUGGCAUUCUUCAGCCUGGCACUGCUGUUAGCACCACUGGUGGAGACACUGAUCCUGCUGGAUCGGCUGCUUUUCCUACAGGAGCAAGGCUGCCAUGCAGAACUUCUCCCUGUCUUCAGGCCUGAACUAUCUCCUCGAAAUUUGGUAUUGGUGGCCACUAAGACCCCAUUGGGCCCAGCACUUUCUGACCUGGAAGUAGAGGAAAGCUGACAGUGUUAUAGGAAUGGAGGCCUCAAGACCCUUUAAAACUCCCAAGUUCCCGAAGACAUACAUGAGACCACAACAGAAAUGAGUGCCCUAGAGCUAAUCAUCUCUCACUUAGGGAAAACACAUCUUUUUAUCUUUGGCCUAUCCCUGACCAUACUCUUCUUGGACCUCAGACUUUUUUCCGCCUGUUAUGUAAAAAAAUGGCCUUCUAAAAAUCCAUUUUUAAAAAAUUGAA